UCUUGUAAUGGAAGGAACCAAUCUGAUCUCUGACAAGUUCUCUCAAGCUUCAUGUCGGUAAGGAUCUUCGGUAGCAUUUCCGGCGGCUAAUUGAAUGGAAUAGUUUGAACCCCGCAGAAUUAACUUCCCGUUUUCAAAAGAGUAGAUGACAGACCUCGGGAUGGACAGCUGCAUUGGCAGGCUCCUUCCUUUGCAAGGUACCAAGAACAGAAAAUAGCUCUACUUGCAUAUCAAUUGAGCCUCUUCCGACACUUCUCAUGACUGAAACAGCUCACUGUAUAUUAGCCAUACCCUUUCAAUUUUGCAUAAACCGCGAGGAAUCACAGUCAUCAUGCUGACCGGAAGGACUGAAAUAUACAUAUGUGCCUACUUUGCUCUUUUCUGAGUAGUGGAAGCGGGCGGGUUUUAUCCAUUAUCACGUGAAAUGUUCAUCAAAAGCUUAGUUCUUCUCUUGCUGAGUGCAGCCUCAGCACUUGCUCUAGUAGCAGAGAGGGAGAGUACACAAAUUUUGAAUCGAACAACAACAUGUGGUAGUGCAUUCUUUGGUGGUUGUUGUCAGGGACUACUAGACAGCAUGAGUUACAACGCUGAUUGUUACAACGCAACUCUUGUAGCAACAAAUGUUGGUGGGAGUACUUUCGGACCGCAAACAAGAUAUUCAUGUGUCACCGCACUGAACGCUACUCAGACAUUCGAAGAUGCGUACUAUGCCAUAUGCUGUAAAUAUAUGGAGAUAUAUGUGAAUCCGAUUGUGCGUCAGAAACUUAUGACUUGCUCUCCCCAAGGUGGAGACAUCCAAUAGAGUUGAGC